UCCUGCUCGUUAGAAAGAGUUCCUAGUCGGGGGCAACAUGUCGGGCAAUAGAAAACCCCGCUCAGUGACCAACACUUUGGAAACAGCCAUAACUACCCCGAGCGAGAGAAUUCUCCAAGAAUGUCACAGUCUGUAUACCGACGAGGAAAACGGUCUUGUGAAAAUGGCCUCCAGGCUGAACCUGAGAUUGCUGGCCCCUCGAAAGAAGAUCAUAGUGAUGAUUAUGGGUAAUCACUCUGCUGGGAAAAGCUCCUUUAUAAACUGGUAUGUCGAGGAGCACAUCCAGAAAACGGGCGUCGCCAUAGAAACGCAAGGGUUCACGUUCGUAACCAGUGGAAGGAAACGAGAAUCGUUGACCGGCAAUGCCACACUGCAUCUUUACCCACAUUUCCGCCCAAUCCUGGAGUUCAAAGGACUCAUGGACUACCUGUCUGCAGAAAUCUCCACCUCAAAGCAGAAGAAGUUCAGCUUGGUCACGUUUGUCGACACCCCCGGGCUGGUGGACGGAGACAUGGUGUAUCCGUUCGACGUCAACGGCGCCAUUACGUCUUUUGGCGAGCAGGCAGAUCUGAUCUUCGUGUUUUUUGACCCGAUGGGCCAGGCACUGUGUAAGCGAACAAUCAACAUAGUGGAAAAGCUGAGUGAGAAAUGCGGAGACAAAUUACGCUUUUAUCUCAGUAAAGCUGACGAGGCAGGACGGGAGACGGACAGACAGAGAGUGAUGAUGCAGAUAGUUCAAGAGCUGUGCCGCAGACCGGGACUCAACAAAUGCGGCUUUGAAAUGCCGACCAUAUACAUCCCCGAUCCUCAAAAACCUAGCAGGUGUGUGAAUCAGAUUGGCGAGGUGUGCGAGACAAUUGAGAAGAGCAUUAACCAGGCAGUGCAGAAGACUUUGGACCAGCUAGAGAAAGACUGUGACCUCAUUGUCUCCUCCAUCAGCAAUAAGCUGGAGCAGGACAGGAAUAACGUGAAAUAUAACAAGAGCAGCCGAUUGAACUCCUUCCUGUGCUGGAUUCUGGCCUUCUUCCUCCCUGCUGUCUUCAUCACCAGCUUUCUCAUUAAUACCUUUGUCCCGGAUCAGCUUGGGGACCUGGUGGGGGAUGGAGUCGCCCCAACGCUCUACUUCAUUACGUAUAUAGUGCUGUCUCUGUGGGAGUGGAUCCCAGAAGACGGCCAGGUGGUGGCCGUGAUCACCUUUGGCGCAGCAUGCUACUUAUUCCUGUUCUUAGCCAGGUAUUUUGCACGCCAGCGCAGUAAAACUCUCACCAAAAAAGAGAAGAAGAAUCUGAUCGAGUGCAAUGAAUAUGUCAAGGAUGUCGUCAAAACCAAAAAGAAGAAACUCUACAAAGAAUAUUUAAAGCAGUGUGCGGCCGAAUACGACUUCAACUGAACGGAGGGACGCGAAAUUCGCCAACGACAGGAAUUUCGUAGCGGGAAAUAUGUAGCAAGCACAUCUUCAGGUUAAACCUCAGUAGUCCACUGUGUGUAAAUUGAAUAUAGUUUUUAAACAGGUUGUACAGGGGUCAGUUGUACGCACUCCAACGUCAUAAUUGUGCCUUUUUUUGUUUUUGUUUUUUUGUCCAACAUGAACAAAGGAUCUGGAGAACUUUCCUCCAGCCUGUGUGUACUUUUAAAACCAUGUCUUUAAUUCAGCCAGCAAAAACAGUAUUGUUUACAAAUCAAUAAGCUGCACUGAUUCAGUGACUCCGAAGUUUUCUUAUAUAUAUAUUUAGAGCCAGAUCACAAGUAAAUAAGGCUGUAAAUGUGAACAGUUUUAACCAGCCACGUGAAUGACAGACUGUGACAUCUUUGUGGGUCAGACUUGUUAUCGAUUGUUUUGGUGUUUUAAACUUUUUGAUGUUGAUGUGAUUCCGAUCUUAGUCAUUUUACCUACUAUAUUUCUAUAAUAUUACUCUAAACUGCACUACUACAGCACUUAACUUCCUGUCAUUUACACUGAUGUUCUAGAAAACAUAUAGUGCCUGUAAAACGUUCGGUCUUUCAGGAUUUUUGAGAGACACAUGCAGGUUCAUACUGUUUCUAUGCAACACACGACAUAAUGUAACAGUACUAAGAUUCACUUUGACCCAACAAAAAUAUAAUGAUAAUAUAAUAAUAAAUCUCUAGAUGUUCAACUUGAAUUUCAUUGAAAAAUCCUCACUUCGCAUGAAUAAAAAGGUACACAGCAUCCAGAAAUGUUUGUUUCUCCAAACAUUCAGCUUUUAUGUGAUCCAGUUCAUCCCAGAGCAGUUCAAUAGGAUUUAGAUGUUGUGACUGGGAGGCCGUUUCAUGAUACAUAACAAUCCAUCCAUUAUCUCAUUGUAGAAGUCGGUUCCGAUUAUCCGCAGUCCAGACGGAAUUGCAUUGUGUUGAAGUACGGAAUGGUUGCCAUGUUGGUUUGUUUCACCUGGAAUAAACCUUUAUUAACUUUCCCUGCUCUAAAACGAUCCCAGAUCAUUACGCUUCCAUCUCUAUGCUAACAUCUUCUCUCCUGUUCUCUGUCUCUUGUCAAAAUGUCAAAUUCUGUCCACUUUCCUCCAUUCAUUCACUUUCCAAUUCUUGUGUGUUUUUUUGUUUUUCAACCGAGUUCAUUACAUAUAAAACCUCAAAUCUCAAAUCUCAAAAUCCAUGAAAGACUGCGUGCUUUGACGCUUUUACAGGCACCGUAUUAGUUCCAAAAUGCCCAUAAUGCUCAUGACUGCCAUAGGGAGUGGAUUUGAAUGAUUUUAAUUAAUUGAGUAGAUGGCGAUCUUAAGAGAAUUCUGUAAAGCGUCUUCCAUGUCAAAUGAAGAUCAGCUAAUGAUGGAAGAGCAGCUAAAGGAAAUAGCCACACGUGUGUGUUAGUAGGUACACAAAUCAAAUUAUGUUAAUGACACAUAAACCGUUAAUAGUAUUUAUCGUUUGCCAGUUUUCUAGGUCUUCAAUUUCUUUUUUUCUGAGAAACUGCCAAAUUUGUUCAAACCUUUCUAAUGCGCAUUCAAAUCCUCCGUCCUUUUCUGGAACUGUCUCAUUUAUUCAAAGUCUCCUUAAAGUUUUCUACUUCUUUUAAAUAAUGAACAUUUCCUACCUGGUGAAAAUUCAGUCUUCCAUACUGAACUGAUGAAGCUUUGUGUUAUAAUUGUGUAUUGUACUGUGUAACUUAAAAUAAAUCUAUUAAAAUUAAUUUGAUCCUGA